CAUCGUACGCAGAAAACCUCUCUCUCUCUCUCUCUCUCUCCUCUGCUCUUUGGAAAGCGCGUCGAGUGGCCGGAAUUCGGAAGCACAACACCGAAAAUCAAGAUCUCUGUCGGAUUCCUCUCUCGGGGACGGGAAGAGAACGCCCAAGCUCGGUGUUAUAAAGACGCAGCAGGAAUCUGGCGACCGGAGCUUCCUCGGAGCGCUGGGCAAGAAGAUGAGUCGCCUUCCGGUGGUCAGGAUCACGCUCGCGGUCGUCCUUCUGGUCGGCCUGCUCUUCGCGGUGGGCCUCCGCUUCGAGCUGCUGGGAGGUUUUCUGGCAGCGGCGGGGGAGACUGACGCGGUGGAGGAGGCGAGGAGAGAGUGGGAAGCGGUUUACGGCAGACUGACCGCAGAGUGGAACGGUUACCGGCGAGGAUUCCGGCGGCCUCCUGAGACGUCGUGCUUCCUGUUCGUGGAGCGGUGCGCCAGCCUUGCGUCUGAUCCCGCCAUUAUUUCGAGGCUGAUCGGCACGUUGGGUCCUAACAUAAUUCUCUAUGCGGUCAAGUUCUUGAACUCCAAGGACCCACCUGAUGUGGCCGCCAACAUGGAAACGACUGCCAAGAAAUGCAAACACGCCGCCGACGUGAUCAUCGGAAAAUCCAUCGAGAUUUUCCAGCAGCCUGGCCGGAACCUGGCCUCCAACCUCACCACCAUCUCCCACGGGCCCCUUCUCAAAAACAAGCUCGGCCUCAUCAUCUACGGCGACCAACCUUACCUCCUCAAGCAAGCCCACGACCAAGGCUCCGUCCUCCUCCGCUAUGCCUCCACCGACUGCUCCAUCCGCAUGCGUGCGGAACACGACCAACACCUUCCGCCGGCGCUGCGAGUCUCCGGCGAAGCCGCCGGCAAGUCCAACGACGUCCGAUCCGGCCCAGCAUUGGCAUCCGGAGCCCCGCUCGACUUCGAGCCGACCCAUGAGCCCGACGUUCAUCCGUUCGUCCCCAAGUUCAACAUCACCGCGUUUUCAUGGACGGACGUAAACUCAAGCAGCCGGAGUCCGACGUUCGGGUGCCUGGCAACUCGGAUUCUGGACAGGAUCAGGUUCGAUUUUCUGGCGGACGUGAGGGGAACGAAAGAGAGCGAGACGUUCAGGUCGAGCUUAUACGAGACGGCUCUAGUGGCCAUUAACGGAUCGUUCUGGGUUCAGAAAGCCGACCCUGAAUCAAUGGCGUGGAGGGAAGCUCUGGAGCUGAACGAACAUGGGUUUGCUUACGUUCCUGCCGGAGUAUGGCACUCCAUCGGUGCUUCUCUCGAAGGAGCUACCGCCGGUUCGCUGGUUCGGAUCAGGUGGAGGGGGAGGAAGACGACGAAGGACUACUUCUUGGCCAAUGGCGGGCGAAUGGUGAAACUGCAGAGCGGCCAGGCUUUCGACCCUUCGAACGAAGGGGAGUGCGAUGUCGUCGUGGUGGUGAUCCAGGGAGAAGGGUUGCAGGUCUUGCCUUUCGAGGGCAUGGUGGCGAGGGGCCAGGCUUUGGUCGUCUCUGCCGGGCAGCCAUGCUUGUUCUGGAACUCUUCCAGAUGGCUGGUGAAGAUUGUGGCGUUCCAUGUUUGUGAGAAGGACAAGGACACAGAGAGGCUCUUUAAUGGCGAUUCUGCACUGGCUUCCUAUUUUAAUGGCGGAGGAAGGCUUAUGCGGAGAUGAUCGGAAUAUUGUGGCGGCAAAAUUGUGUAGUAGUAGGAACAUGUAUACUGCAAAUUGAAAUUUCAGAAUUUUUUUUGUUUUCUGUUUCAGAAGCAGUAAGAUCCAGUGUCAGUAUUUGUGUAGAAAUGGAAAGAAUCUAGAGAGAAUAAUAUUUCUUACAGAUUGCUUCCAAUAUUUCUUGCGGAGGACGCAAAAUUUUAACGUCGGUUGUAAAUCAUAUUUAGAAUAAAAAAACUCAUUUUCUGA